CUCGUGCCAGCCGUUGUCCACGUCGGACGCCUUUCUCCCUAGUAGUCUAGCUUUGCCCCGUGAACCGUCGCCGGAGCUUUCGCGGAAGUAAUUUAAAGUGAUCGAACGGAAUUUGCGCGUGCUGCUCUUCUUCUUGCGUGGAAUAAUCUAAUUUAAAGCUCGCGGCGAUUGUUUUGCUCAAUUUCGAGCGGGCGCGCGCUCGUGAGCGCGAUUUGUAUUGGUUUCGCGUGUUUAGUGUCUGAGGUGGGUAACGUGUACGUUUUUUGAAGAAAGAAAAAAUACUGAAUCAACACAAGUGGUAGCAGUGGUGGUGGUGGUGGUGGUGAUCAGCAUAGUUUUCACCAGCGCAAUUAUCGAAGCUAAUUUUUUUUUGUACGAAAAAAACGUGAUUAUCUCUCGGGUUGGUCUGAGCCGUUUGCAAGAUCAUUUAGCAAUACCUACGUGGGUCUGUAUCGGGUUGUUGUGGAUCUGCAGUGGAUUGCAGCGCAGCGUUUGCUGACGUGAAGUAUGUUGCAACACUGCAUUGGUCUGGUGCAGCAGUGCAGUAUUGAGAAAGCAUUGACCAGCUAGACUAAGCUAGCGCCGAAGCAACUAGUGGUGAAAGUUAGUGCGAUAGAGAGAGACGAAGAUACGUGUCCAAAACCGGAAACCUUGCAAGUGUCUUAGUGUUGAUCGUGAAAGCCCUCUAGGUCUCUUCCGUAAGUGCUCACGGCUAAAGGUCGAAUCGAAGUGCUCGAACCCAUCAAUCAGUGACCCUCACAGCAAAAAAAAACAGAGAAGCAGAACUGUAGGACGUGACGGCAAGUCACAGAAUCCAUCUCGUCAAAGCAGAAGGUGAACCAAAAGGUCACUGCCAAAACCCGCGCAAAACCACCGAAACCCAAACAAACAACGCAGCAGCAGCAGCCGUAGUCGGAUAGACAACAUGUGCCGCAUUCCAGCAGUGUGAUGGUGUUCAGUAGCAGCAGAGGAAGUGGCAUCAGCAGCAGUGAUGAUAGUCUGGUCGUGCCAAAUGCAGUCAAGUUUAGAUUUCAAGAAAUUAGGUGAUAAUUAUCAGGUUAAGCUACGCAACUGUGAUAGUCGAGGCGAACCUCGGGCUCAAUUUUGGACAGUUUUGUGUAAAUGGGUGUAGUUUUACGGUGAACAGUGUACAGAGCAGGCCUAAAGCCAACAAAAAACGUGAAACUAGUGACUUUGAGUUGUAGUUAGUUUAGGGUGUAAACCACGACAGUCAGCGAAACGCCGCAGAGGUUGGCGACCACUUUCGCCUUCAUUACGACACACCUUCGGCAGUGCGACCCCAGCGACCGCCGGUUGGGGGGCCCGGAGAAAGCACCAUGAAGCUAUCGAAGCAUGUCGACUGGCUGCAGAUACGGGCUCUGCUCAGAAAGGACUACCUGGCACGGAUACGGCAACCGUGGAUGACCAUCGUCCAGUACGUGUGGCCCUGUCUGAUCUUCCUCUCGCUGUACGUCCUCCGCAACCGCUUCCAAGCGAAACAGAUCGGCGAGUGUCAGUUCCCGACGCGCCAACUCCAGAGCAACGGAAUCCUCCCCUUUUUCCAGUCGUACGUGUGCACCAUCGAGAACGACUGCAGCGAUCCGAAAAAGUUCGAAGAGACUACGGACUUUGCGGUGGCACCAGUGACGCCGUUGCUGAACAUUGUUCAGAUCUUUCUGGACACACCGGCGUUGUACGAUUCGGUGACUAAGCUGCCCAAGGAUAAGAACUUUAUCGGAACGGUUACCACGAUCGUGACCAAUGGGCGGUUUAAGGAGAUCGAGGGAAACGCCGAUAAGCUGGUCCGGAUGGUACCGGAGAUCCAGAAGAUGGUCGGUGAUGACUUCAACAUUGAGAACUUGUUUGCCGACGAUCGGACGUUUUCAAACUCGGGCAAGAUCUUGUGCGGCAAGCCGUUUCCACGGAGUGAUAAUAUUCGGUUCAUUAACAACGUGCUGUACUCGCAUGACUUUAAUGGAGCCGAUCCGGAUGAGAUAGCGGUAAUGCCAACAGCUUACUGCAAGCAGCUGUAUCGGGAUGUGACGAACACGAACAACGGCAAGAUCACCUGGAAGCAGCUGAAGCCGAUUCUGCAGGGGAAGAUUCUGUACGGACCGCCAAGUGAACGCAACGAUGAGAUCAUCAAGUUUGCCAACCAAACCUUCGUAGACAUGGGACGCCUGCGGGACUUCUUCAAGGCGCUCAACACAACGGUUCGUCUACUACACACGGAUGCAUCAUUCCGGGACAGCUUCGAGGGGCUGAUCGAGCUGGCCAAAUCUCCGCUGGUGCAGAUGAUCGCCGGUGGUAACGUCAACAUCGACCUGAUCGAGUCCAUGCUGAACGGGAUUCUGAACGACGAAACCGUUGCGAAGACUCUGGAAACGAUCGCCAGCAUUUUUGAGUGUUUCUCAUCCGAUCGGUUCAUUGCCGUGCCAUCGGAAGCCGCGUUGGAAGAUGAGGCGUUUAAGCUGAACCAAAAGAAGCUGUUUUUCGCUGGGUUGGUGUUUGAAAACUCGACGACGCCCGGGGAGAUUCCGUACAAGAUUCGGAUGCGCACGGACGAUACUCCGGUGACGGUAGAGAAUCGGAAUCGGUUCUGGUUCCCUGGUCCGGAGGCUAGCUUCGAGCUGGACAUGAGGUAUCAUCGGGGGUUCGUCGAGAUUCAGCACGCUGUAGAUGUUGGGAUCAUCAAGUUUAUGAAGCAGGAGAAAAUUAAGGGGGAAAAUGUAGCUGUUCAGGAUACGCCUAGUAGCUCGGGUUUGGGGUUAGGUUUUGGAGACGAUUUCGGUAGCAGUGAAGAUGAGGAGGAGGAAGAUGAAACAACAACAGCAGCGGGCAGCACUACCGAGAAUCUGGACUCGUUGUACUCGGAUUUGAGCAAGAAAAUCAACAUAUCUUCAUCGGAUCUCAACCGGUUUAGUAACAAGUCAUCUCUGGAUGACUAUCUGGACUUUAAGGAUGACGAGGAGGAGAUUGAGUUGGACGAAGAAGAUCCGCUUACUCUUAAUAGUACCUCAACGACAUCGGCCCCAAGUCGUCGCAAACGUGCCCCGCAGUUUAGUUUGCUGGAUCUGUUCCUGGGAGGGGGAUCCAAGAAGAAGACUGAUGAAGUAACGUACAACGUGGCCAAAGAGAAAUUCUACACUAAGCAGUUCCCAUAUCCGGCGUACACCAGGGAUGACUUCAAGAAGGGUCUUUACCUCGCCCAAUCAAUCCAGAUGACCUUCUUUAUCGCCCUGAUCGUGCACGUGUCCUCGUCCGUUCGGCAGAAGAUCUGGAUGAAGGAGAGUGGCAACAUCAUGCUGAUGCGAUCGAUGGGUCUCAAGUCCACCUCCGACUCCAUCUCGUGGGCCAUCACCACGCUGAUCGAGCUGAGCAUCGUGUUUGUGCUAGGGCUAGCGAUCUUCUACAGUGGUGGCAUCCUUCUACAUUCCAGCCGGAUCUUCCUGUUCGCCUAUCAGCUGGUGUUUGGUCUCUGCCUGAUUGCCUUUUGCUACAUGUGCUCGAUGUUCUUCCAAUCGGCCAGCAUUGGAUCAGUUUCGACGGUGAUUCUAUUCCUGACCACAUUCCUGCCUUAUAUUAUAAUCAUAUCCCUCGGAGCGACACUUAGCUUCGUGUCCAAGUUCUUUGCGAGCUUGUCAUUUUCGACCGCCUUUUGCUACGCUUGGCGGCACAUCAUGCGACUGGAGCUGCAACAUCACAGCGCAAACUUUAUGUCUGCCUUUGCCGGCUCGAUCGAGGAGAAUGAUCUCAAGUUCGGGAUUCUGAUGAUGCUGCUCGAUGCAGUGAUCUACUUCUUGGUGGGACUGAUGUACGAAAAGCUGACACAUGAGGACACAACGUUCUACAAUGUUAACAGAACUAAACUGGACAAGAGUAUUGGAGCAGAACUGCUGAACGUAGAUGUGAUCUACGAAAACAACAAGAAAGCGCUGGAUAAUGUUUCGAUAACAUUUAAGCGGGAUGAAGUUACCUGUCUGCUGGGAAGAAACGGGGCUGGAAAAAGUACAAUUAUCAAACUUCUCACUGGUCAGAUCCUACCGGUGGUCGGGGACGUUCACCUUCCCCUGGACUACGAUCUGAUCUCCGGCUUGCGGAACAACGCCGAACGCAUCGGUCUCUGCUCGCAAAACGACAUCCUAAUCCCCAACCUUACCGCUAAGGAGCAUCUGCAGCUGUACGCGCGCAUCAAGCUGACCAAGGGCUUCGAAACCGAGGUGCAGCGCACGCUGGAUAACCUCAAAAUGGGCAAAUACAAGCACUACCGAGCGUCGGAGCUUUCCGGUGGGUUCAAGCGACGGCUUUGCAUUGCGAUCGCGUUUUUGGGAUCACCGAACUUGGUGAUCUUGGACGAGCCGUGCAGCAGCGUUGAUACCAAGGCACGCAAGUACAUAUGGGAGCUGAUCCAGACUCUGCGGAAAGAUCGAGCGGUCAUCCUGGCUACGCACCACUUGGACGAGGCGGAAUCGUUGAGCGACAAGGUGGUCGUGCUGGAGAAUGGUAAAGCAAUUCUAGAAGAAAGCCACGAGGAGUUGAAGAAUCGAUUCACAAACACGCUGUACAUCGACAUGACCUUGAAGAGUCUAACGGAAGGUGAUCGCUCUAGCAUAAUAUCUGAACUUAACAAAAAUUUAGAUCAGCAGACCAACCUGCGGUACGGUGUGUCCAAGCUACCGAAGAACAAGCUACAGUACAAGCUCACCUACACGGGAGCAAAUUCUCUGGAUAUUGACUUGCAAUCCCUGUUCGACCAGCUGAACCAAUUCCAGGACAAAAAGCUAAUCCUCAGCUACGACAUCAAGAACGAGAACCUGAUGAACAUCUUCAGCGUCGUUAACUCCAGCGAAAUCCCUCGAGAAGAGAUCGGAGAACCCGACAUCGUGUCCGCCAACGGGCACCACGACUCCAAGCCAACCAAAUAUACUCCGUCCACAUUCCAAAUCUUGUCCAGCUUGUUCAAGAAGCGAUUCCUGCACUUCCGUCGCAACUACCGUCUCCUCAUCUGUAUCCUCGUUCUGCCGGCGUUGUUCGAAAUCAUCGCCAUGUUCUUCAUGACCAUCCGACCACCGGGUGAGUACGACAAGAUCCUCGAAUUCUCGCCAGACUUGUAUCGAGGAGCAGCGGAAUUCUACACCCGACUUGGCAACGGCACGGACUUCCAGCGGGAGGCGACCUCGAGUAUUCUGGAUCGCUGUCCCGAAGCAGACUGUUACCUGUUCAACUCCUCGGAAGAGGCCUUCAAUUGGCUGCUACAAACCAACGAUCAAUUCAGCGAACGCCGGUACGGUGGGCUAACGUCACGCAAGGAGAAACACUUCAUCUGGUACAACAACAAAGGCUACCACUCGAUGCCGAUCUGGUUGAACAUGCUGGACUCUGCGUUGCUGAAGGCCGAGCUGGAGAACGGUAGCUACAGCAUUCGGACCAUCAACCAUCCGCUGAAGAUCGAGCAGGAUGAGUUGACGUUGUCUUCCAUCCUUCAACAGGUCGCCGAUGCCGGUAUUUCUCUGAUCCUGUUGCUGGCGUUCAGUUUGGUCGUGGCCGGCGCUUCCGUGUACAUUGUCAACGAACGAGUCAGGGGUGAAAAGCGGCAGCAGCGUUUGGCUGGCAUCAAGUUCAAGCACUAUUGGGGUGUCACGUACCUGUGGGAUGCCAUGAUCUUCCUCGUUGCGAUCGCCCUUGCCGUUAUAGUCUUCAAGAUAUUCGCAAUACCAGCCUACGUGGACAAGCAACAGCUUGGUGGAAUUGUUCUGCUCCUGUUGUUCUAUGGAUUUGCCUCGAUCCCAGCGAUUCACCUCUUCGAGAAGCUGUUUAACGAUGCCAGCUUCGCCAACAUGUCCCUUUUCUGUUUGAACGUUAUUACCGCUCUUGGAACGCUAACGAUCAUAAUAUUGUUUGAUAUUCUUGGUGAGUCCGAAACGUCAGAACAUGUCCGUAACUUGCUGAACCGCGUGUUCCUCAUCCUGCCACAACACGCCCUCGCCGACGGAUUGAUCGAGCUCUCCAAGAACUACAUCCAAGCGGAGAUCUUCAAGCGAUACUACAUCGAUACGUACAAAUCACCGAUGGACAUACUGGAACCCCAUAUUAUCGGGCUGGUCUUUAUGGGGGUGAUCUUCAUGAUUCUAAACUGUGUGGUGGAGAAGAAAAUCCUUCCAAAAUUCUUUCUAGAGGUCGAAGAGGGCGAAGCUCCAGUGUACGAGCUGAAAACCGUCCACUCGGAAGAGAUUAUGACGAACGGCAAUGGAAAGAAGAAGAUCAUAACAGCGGAUCAGAUUCUUUCUGUUGACCACCUGUCGAAACACUACCGACAAGGCGAGAACGUCGUAAGCGAUGUCUCGUUCAAAAUUCACUACGGCGAGUGCUUCGGAUUGCUGGGAACGAACGGCGCCGGAAAGUCUACGAUCUUCUCGAUACUGUCCGGAGAUCAGCUGCAAAGCAGCGGUAGCUACUGCUUCUUCACUACGGCUCAUCUUUCGUACUGUCCUCAAAGUAGCUUCCUAGAUCCGCUGCUAACCGUGGAAGAAGUGAUCGAAUUCUACGGCAAGCUGCGGAACGUGGAGAACAUCGAUAAGCUGGUCUUUGAAACUCUCCGGGAAUACCACCUGGAGCCGUACAAACGCAUUUUGGUGAAGAACCUUAGCGGUGGUAACCGUCGGAAGCUGUGCGUAGCGGUGUCCUGCUUCGGUAACACCGAUAUCGUUCUCAUGGACGAACCCACCAGCGACAUGGAUCCGGUGACGCGGGCCAUCGUCUACCGUACCAUCGAACGGCUAAACAGCCAAAACCGCUCGAUCCUGCUUACGUCACACAGCAUAUCCGAGAUCGACCACAUCUGCCAGCGGAUAGCGAUCCUGAAGGACGGACGUCUGCUUACGGUGGACACGCCCGAGAGUCUCACGCAGCGCUACGGUAACAACUACCUGAUCACCAUCUAUCUGGAGGAUAACCGCGAGGUGGAUCUGGUGCGGUCCAUCAAGCGUGAGUUCAACGUCAGCCAGGAGCUGGUCCAGAACAAAAACUCGCUCCAGUUUGUGGCCAAGGUGCAGCCGACGGAGCGAGCUGUGCAAGCGCAGCAAACCACCGGUGUGGAGAAGCUACACAAAAAGAGCCAGGUUACGAUCAACCUGAACAACAACACGAUCGAUUCCAGCCCGGCGUUGGCGAGUAGCAUUAGUGCCCUAGUCGUUAAGCUGCACCAGUUUGCUCAAACCAACCGGUUACGGUACACGGUGGCGCGGUGUCUGCUGGAUCAGGUAUUCGAAGACAUUCUCCACAACCACGAAGAGGAGCAUUCCAACGAAGCGUUCGUUGAAAACUCAGAGUGAACCCGUCCAACCCUCACGCACCGCACAAAACUUAGGGGCCAAUUACUUACUAGCAAACAGGUAUUUAGGAUAACAAAGAGGAAAUUGAAUAGUUUUACAAA